CAAGAUGGACAAACUUCUUCUGCUCAUCAUGGCUGCAUCAGGGCUGAGUGCUGUCUCAUCAGCUGCUGGACUUCAGUACUAUUUUGUUUAUGACAGGAAGAACUUUACUGAAGCCCAAAGAUACUGCAGAGAGAAACACACAGACCUGGUCACUGUAGACAGCAUGGAGGUUAUGAAGAUCCUGACCAACACGGCAGAUUUAGACAACAUGGUCUACUCCAACAACAGCUACAGAGCCUGGAUAGGACUGUCCCGUGGCAGCUGGAGGUGGUCUCUGUCAGACACAAGUUACUACAAACCCGGGGAGACAGAGUUCAGACGAUGGUACUCUGGACGACCAAACGCUGGAGACAGUAGAAAACUCUGCACAGGGAUGGGUCCUUAUUAUAAUGGACUCUGGUUAGACAACCUUGGUUGUGGCAGCAGCCGUCAUGCAGUCUGUGCAGAUGUCAGAGGAUCAGAUGUGACUUUUAUCAUCGUCACCAAAGCCCUGACAUGGACUCAAGCCCAGAGCUACUGCAGAGAUAAUCACACAGACCUGGCCAGUGUGAGAAACAUGGCAGAGAACCAGAAGGUGCUGGUGAAGAUAGCUGGAUUAGACUAUGUCUGGAUCGGCCUUUUCAGAGACUCCUGGAAGUGGUCAGAUGGAAGUAACUCCUCAUUCAGCUUCUGGAAGACCAGGCAACCUGAUGACAACAACGAGACUUGUGUGGCUGCAGACUUCAGCCAAUCAGGAGCCUGGGAGGACUGGCCCUGUGACAUGGAGAGAGCGUUCAUUUGCUACGGUCCAGUGGUGACUACUUCAAAGAAAGUGCUGAAAGUGAAGUUUGAGAACAAGAACAAUGUGGAUCUGAAUGACCCUGCUGUGAUGGAGGCCAUGCUGAAGCAGCUGAAACAGAAGCUGAGGGCCCAGGGGCUGGACCACAACAUCAAACUGAGCUGGAGGAAGCAGGCCGAUGGAAAAGUCUUCCACAAGGAAGACAAGAAGACCAACAAGAGGAGGAGGAAGAGGGAGGAGCUGUAAUGUUGAGUUGCUGCGUCUGGUUUCAUCAGAGAAAAGUCUGGUUCUUUGCAAGCAGAAAUACUAAAUAUAUUCACAGCUUCUAGCUUCUCAAACAUGAAGAUUUGAUGCUUUUUUUGUUACAUUCGAUCAUAAACUUAAUAUAUUUGAGCUUCAGACUGUUUUUAGAAUAAAUCAAGACUUUAUUAUUUAUCUGAUUUAUCAGCUUUGGGGAAAUAUAACCAACAUGUUUUACUGAUUUACUGUUUCUUCUUUAAAAUCUAUUUUAAUGAGAUAAAAUGUCUUUCUUUGUUUGAGAGUAAAGGGUUUUUCACACGGGGAGCGACCCUUGGCCUGCGUAGUCGCGUCAUGUGAUGGACAACGCUCCGCGAUCAAUGUGUGGUAACCAUGGAGAUACUGUAUCCCUGCCGUACAACUGGAUGAGAUCAGCUGACUGUGGUUUCAUAUCUCCCUAAUCACAGGUGGAUUUAUAACACAUAGUGGUAAUCCUAGUCUUUCCUAACCACAGACAGUUAUUGUUGAUAGCUAAAGUUAGCUACAUUAGCAUAGUUAGCUACAUUAGCAUAGUCAUGAUUACGGACGUCUUGUGCCGAUGUUCUGACAACUGUUUAGAAAACACUUUUAUAUUUCAGUAAACUCACAAACCUAAGAGGAAGUUGCACCACAUGAAGGCCCCGACCUUGGCGUGUGAGUGAGUAAGAUAA